AUGGAUACUUUUAAAGCCAAACUCAAAUAUUAUAGUGCCCAAACCGACAAAGAAUUAUCAAAAUAUCCACAAAUAAUUAAAUUGGAACAAAAAACUGGUGUUUCGAAAAUUUAUCUUGCAGCCGGUGUUGUUGGAAUUGUACUUCUUUCUACAUUUUUCAAUUUCUGGGGAGCACUAGUCUCUAAUCUUAUCGGAUGGCUUUAUCCUGCUUAUGCUUCUUUCAAAGCUAUUGAAAGUGAUGUCAAAGUUGAUGAUACUCAAUGGUUAACUUAUUGGCUUUUCCUCCCAUCUUUCCAAGGAGCUCAAGUUCUUUACGCAAAAUUACUUAGACCGACUCUUUUGUCACAUGAAGGUGGUAUUGAUAAAAAUAUUAAUAAAUUGAAGUCAAAAGCUGAAGAUAUCGCUAAAGAUAUUAUUAAUGCUGAACUUGACACUAAGGAUGAAUAA